AUGAUGGUCUCUGGAUCACUAUCGGAUGCUGAGAAACAUCCAACUAGAAAAAGCUGCAUCCGAUGCAAAGGAAGCAAGAAGAAAUGCGAUAAAGCGCUACCAAGCUGCAGUCGAUGCUCUAGACUCUCCUUGGACUGCAAGUAUAAUGAGUCGACCUCCGGUCUGAGCUCUAGCUUGGAAAAUAAGCUUGACGAAAUACUUCGUCGUCUUGAUAAGAUCGAAACGAAACUUUUUCAAAAUGAAAAUUCGGAAAAUACAGAAAAGAAUGAGCCUAUUCCGUUUGGGAUUGAUCAUGCUAGGAAUGAAUCAGCCAAAAGCUCCGAGAUGCAAAAUUGGCAAAUCAAGCCCGUUUUUCUCAAGCCAUCGUACCGUGCUUUUCUUUGCACGAUGGAUUUGAUGCGCUUUGUUGAAGAGAGAAAUUUAUCACUGGUCCAAAUAAGUCAUAAGUUCUUUCGGACAAUCCAUGGCUGGCUGCCUAUCGUUUCCGAAAGGCGGGUCUUGGAUACAUUCCCGAUAAUCCAGAAUGGUGAUCCCAAUGCCGCUUCCACCCUUUUGAUUUUUUCUAUGCUACUUCUUAUUUCUAAUCCAUUCGAGAGCGAUGAUGGAUUGUCGCCUACCGAAACCCAUUUAUACCUGACUACAAAAUAUCAGUUCUCCCUGUUUCUGUCGCUGUCCUGCCCUUCGAUAGAAAUGGUGCAAGCCGGGAUUCUGAUUGCUCUCUACGAAUACGCCCAAGGAGCAACGGAUAUGUCAUACGUCACCAUUGGAUCAUGCGCGACGCUAGCGUACCUACUUGGACUCCAUCAAGCUUCACACACCCCUUCAAUUAUGACAGGAGAAAAUCAGAGGGUAGAUGAGGAGAGGAAUUGCACAUGGUGGGCUAUCGUUGCGUUAGAUAGGUCAUCAUCCUCCACCAUUUCACGUUUAUUAUGUGUGCAAUCCAUUGCUAACCCCUACACGUUCAGAUAUAUCAAUAUGGAAUCACUGUCAACCCUGAGACCGCCUGCGGUAGAGAACCCAGCCCCGGAAAAGAACCUUCCACAACAAUACCAACCAUGGGAUGAUACCCUUCAUACCACUGAUUCACUCCCUUUGUCAGAUUGUGGCAGCGGUAGU